AUGACUGGUGGACAAAUCAAGGUCGAUCCAUGUUGUCCCAUCAUUCAAAACACACGACUAGGUUGGAUAGUGUUUGGUAAAUUGAAACUUUCUCAGCCUAUUUGCAGCCCCAAUCAUGCAAAUUCGAACUUUGUCUCUAGUUUUGAAAUUUCUAAUCAAUUGGAAAAAUUCUGGAAAACUGAAGAGCUCACUCCGAUUGCACCCCUAACUGCUGAAGAAGUCAAGGUUGAAAAACAUUACAAUGAAACCACAAUGCGUUUAGAAGAUGGUCGAUUUAUGGUCACCCUUCCACGUAAGGAUAAUUUUUUCACUUUAGGGCAAUCCGAAUUUCAAGCGCGAAAGCGAUUCAGUUCAUUAGAAAAACGACUUUCCACUCAACCUGAGUUGAAAUCUCAAUAUGUGGAAUUCAUGCGCGAAUAUCAAGAAUUGAAUCAUAUGACUCUGGUUGAUCCCCCAUCUGAUCAUGAAAAGGUGUACUACAUUCCCCACCACGCAGUUUUCAAGCCGGACUCAACCACCACCAAAUUAAGAGUAGUCUUUGAUGCCAGUGCUAAAACGAAUUCUGGAGUGUCGCUCAAUGAGCUCCUGUUCAAAGGGCCCACAGUUCAACCAGACUUGUUUGAUAUCGUGUUACGUUUUCGUAUGCAUAAAAUUGCUUUCACAGCUGAUAUAGCUAAGAUGUACCGUCAAGUGCUAACAGUGAGCUUCAAGAGCUAUACAAAUUUCUUGCUGAUUCGCAAAAUCAACGUGUUCUUCAAACCGCAGCCACUAGUUGGCGGAUACAAUGGAAUUUCAUCCCGCCUCGUGCUCCCCACUUCGGAGGAGUAUCUUGUUACGUUGCAACAAAAGCAAAAAUGGACAUCGUCGUCAGACAACAUUGUCGUCGGCACGCUGGUGCUGCUCAAAGAUCCAGGUGCCCCUCCCGCGGUCUGGAAAUUAGGUCGAAUCACUGAGGUGAUUAAAGGUGUGGACAACAAAGUUAGAGUUGUCAUGGUCUUUACUGAAGCUGGUACUUAUAAGCGUGCAAUCUCCAGCAUCGCUCCACUUCCAUUGGACGAAGAGUCUGAAAGUAUCGCAUCCAUCUAA